UCUAACAGUAAAAACGUACUGAUUACUAUUUAAAUAUACUGCUGAAAUCUCAUUUCAGGAUCUCAAGAAAUUGAGUCCAGUGUAUUACUUCCCUCAUCUAUAUAAUCUCAAAGGAUUUAUCCCUAACUCAUUCACUCUUAAGCUUAUUCAUUUUAUUACCCUGAUCACUUAAUCAACCCUAAGCCUACUUCAGAAGCACAUCUUUAGUUUUCCAAGUCAUAAAAUGGAGAUUCCAAAACUGGAACCAGGAAAAUGGGAAGAAAUACUAGGAAGCAAGAAUUGGGAAGGGCUACUGGAACCUCUAGAUUUGAACGUGCGCCAACUUAUUCUCCGUUGCGGUGACUUCUGUCAGGCAACUUAUGAUUCAUUCAUAAGCGAUCAGCACUCAAAAUAUUGUGGUGGUUGUCGUUAUGGAAAGAAAUCAUUUUUCGAAAAACUUGCAAUGGAAUCAGCUGCAAAUGACUACUUUGUGGAUUCGUUCCUCUAUGCAACUUCACCUACGGUGCCCUUAUUUUCAUUCUCGUUCUCAGAAGAAGCGUGGGAUCGUGAAUCGAAUUGGAUUGGUUAUAUUUCUGUGAGCACUGAUGAAGUUAGCAAAAAACUUGGAAGACGAGAAAUAUACAUAGCAUGGCGUGGUACAACAACAACUCUUGAAUGGAUGAAUGUGUUUGAUGCGGAAAAGGCGUCAGUUAAGCCAUUAUUGAGGCCGAAAACCCUUAAUACUAAAACAAGUGCUACUGAGAAGCAUACUACUGAAGAAAGCCACUGGUAUGACAUUUUCAUUCGCGGUCCAGAUGAAGAUACUGAUGCUGAUGACGAAGAAAAUAUACCCGAAGUUAUGAAGGGUUGGCUUACAAUUUACAAUUCUGACAACCAAAAAUCCCCGUUCACAAAGACAAGUGCGAGAACCCAAGUUCUCUCGAAGAUCAAAAGACUUGUCACGAUGUACAAAGAUGAAAAUGUAAGUGUAAUACUAACUGGACACAGCCUCGGUGCAAGUUUAGCAAUCUUAUGUGCAUUUGAUUUAGUUGAAAACGGGUUAUCUAAAAUACCUGUGACGGCUAUCGUAUUUGGUAGCCCGCAAAUUGGUGAUAAAGCUUUCACUGAUAAGGUUAUGACUUUCACUAACCUUCGGAUAUUGCACGUGAAGAACACGAUUGAUCUUAUACCGCUCUAUCCAAGUGCCCUAUUAGGUUUUGCUUAUACAGGGACAGAAUUUGAAGUCGAUACUCGAAAAUCAACGAGUUUAAAGGAUUCCAGUAAUCCUAGCGACUGGCAUAACCUGCAAGCUAUACUCCAUAUAGUUGCUGGUUGGAAUGGAAAAGAAAAGGAAUUUGAAUUGAAAGUGGACAGAUGUGUUGCAUUGGUUAAUAAGUCUUGUGACUAUCUGAAAGAUGACCAGUUAGUUCCAGCGUCAUGGUGGAUAGAGACGAACAAAGGAAUGGUGCUUGAAGGCGGGAAAUGGGUUAUGGGUCCACCAGAUGAAGAGCACAUACCUGUUCCUGAAUCUUACUAAGCCUUCAUAUAUUGUCUUAAUCUAUUUUCUGUUUCUAAAAUAUUUGUAAUUUUUUCUUUUACUUUUAUUUGAAAAUAAGGGAGCUUGGGGUGGAAAAUACAAGUUCCCAUGCUUGAUGGAGAGUAAUUUGGAUUCCAGAUAAGAAGGAUAUGUGUGGUGUACUCGAUUUUAAUAAUGUAUUUUGUGUGCAAGACAUAAAUUUUAUAUUUACAUUUUCCAGGAA